CAAAUAGUUUUGAAGUUAAGUUUUAAGUUUUGCUUUUGGAAGAAAAACAUUUUUAAAAUUCAAAUAUAAAAUUUUCAUAACAUAGUAUUUUUGGGAGAUGCUCUCAGUGAAAUCAUUAAAUCAAAAUCUAUUUUGGUAAGAUGUCCACACAUCUGGUCUCCAAAGUUUUGGUAUGACCAUUAAUAUAUAUUCGAUAAUUAGUUUCAAUUUUGAUAUACUACGGAAAGAAAUAAAAUAGAUAAAUUGUAACACUAACGUGGCACCAUCAGAAGUGUAAAAAUAUAGAUGAUUAGAUUGCCAUCAAAAGAAGAAAAAAGAUGUGAUUAUAUAAAAAGUGUUACACGUCCAUAACAUUACAUGACUCAGUUAUUUGAUGGAUAGAGAGACUGAGAUUUUGAAAUCCAGAGGGUAAAAGGGGACAAUGGCACGAGUUCCUUCGUGGGGUUUUGCCUUUAUAAAUUAUUUCACUCUUUCUUUCUGUCUCCUUCCCUCUUAGAAUUUUCUGAAAUGCUCUAGAAUUCUUUGAAUAAUAAUAAAUCUUAUCUAAAAUAGUGAGAACGUACGUCAUUUAUUUUGAUACAAAAAUAUUUUUAAAACACCACGUAUAAUGAAAUAGAAUGAGCAUUGGUUAUUCUAAAGAGUAAAAAUGAAUUUGCAUUGAAAAUGUAGAAUAUAAAAAAUAAACUUAAGCAACAGAGGGAAUGACAUUAAAAAAAAACUGAUAAUGGUAACUUUUGCGUGCACUUAAUUAGAUGAACAAGCCAAGUAGCCAACAUACAUAAGAUAAGAUCAUGAUUAAUCCAGUUUUUUAACUGGAGUUCUUAGUUUCGGAUAAAAGACGUUUUUUAGUUUUUUUAAAUUUUAAUUAAAAAAGCUAAGAACCAUCUCUUAAAUAAAAGAUAUAAGAAUCGUCUUUUAACCGAAAAAUAUAAAAACAAAAUGUCAAAAUUAUGAGUUAUGAACCCCAGUUUCUUCAUGCUCUAACGAUAUAUCAUAUGAUCACAACAAUAAAAAUGAAUCAAUGAUAAAACUCGACGCAAAUAACAAAAUGUGUAGAAGGCUAGAACUAGAAGCCUCCACUCCACAUCUUCGUGUCAACAUAGUAACCACUCAGUGACAAAACAAAUACUUUUCUAGGGAUUCAACCUUAAUUUUUUCUCCUUUUAUAGAUAGUCGAAAUAUGGAAAAAGAGAUUGGAGACUUUAUGAUCAUACGAAGUGCCGUUUAUAUGAACUGUGAUCAAAGCCGUGACGUUCUCUCCAAUACAAAAUCAAUAUUUUAGUAUAUUAGUUAAUCAUUAUAUAAUAUUGUUACUAACCAAUCUUCUUAAAAAUUAAGUUAAUAACUAAGCUAUAAUACGAAUUAAAAGAAUGUUUCGUUGGACUUCGAUGGUUUGCAUGGGGAUAUGAGCCCUACGUUGCGAGCUGUAUAAAGAAGAGUAUGAUCUGAACAGAAGUUAACCAAACAAAUCCAGAGUUCAUUUUUAAAGAAAUCUUUUUUCCUUCUUCGUUAUUCUUUUUGAAGAAGUGAAUCUGGACGAAGAAUUAAGACCGUCAAUUUUGGAACUUGAAACCAUCAAAUUCAUCAAAAAAUAUAUUCAAAGAUCUUUUUUUUUUUGCAUUCCUACUUGUAUUUAAGCUUCUUGAUUCAUCAAAAAAAUAUAUUCAAAGAUCUUAUUAUUGCAUCCCUACUUGUAUUUAAGCUUCUUGAUUCACCAAGAACCUUAGUUAUAUUUUCCACCUGUUUCCUACUAUACCUUAUUCGGGGUGGUGACUACUAAAACAUGAAGCUCUUUGGAUGGAUGCAGAACAAGCUACAUGGGAAACAAGGGAACACUCAUAGACCAAGCACAUCCUCUGCUUCUUCUCAUCAACCACGAGAGGAGUUCAGCGACUGGCCUCAUGGAUUACUUGCGAUUGGAACGUUCGGUAGUGUGACUAAAGAGCAAAUACCAAUAGAGACUGUUCAAGAAGAGAAGCCCUCUAACUUGCACGUGGAAGGUCAAGCGCAAGAUAGAGAUCAAGAUCUUUCCUCCUCCGGUGAUUUAGAAGAUUUCACUCCAGAGGAAGUUGGGAAACUGCAAAAGGAGCUGACGAAGCUCUUGACAAGAAAGAACAAGAAGAGACAGUCUGAUGUGAACAGAGAACUUGCGAAUCUUCCUCUGGAUAGAUUCUUGAAUUGUCCUUCGAGUCUUGAAGUCGAUAGACGAAUCAGCAACGCUCUUUCUGGUGGUUGUGGAGAUUGUGAUGAGAACGAAGAAGACAUUGAGCGUACAAUCAGUGUUAUCUUGGGAAGAUGCAAAGCCAUUUCUACAGAGAGUAACAGUAAGAAGAAGAAGACUAAGAAAGAUUUGAGCAAAACCUCUGUCUCUUAUCUCCUCAAGAAGAUGUUUGUCUGUACAGAAGGGUUCUCUCCUCUUCCUAAACCUAGCGUGAGAGACACGUUUCAAGAAUCAAGAAUGGAAAAGUUACUGAGGGUGAUGCUACUCAAGAAGAUUAAUGCUCAAGCUCCCUCGAAGGAAACACCAACGAAUAGAUACGUGCAAGACAAGCAACAGCUUUCAUUAAAGAAUGAGGAAGAAGAAGGAAGUAGUAGUAGCGAUGGGUGUAAAUGGGUCAAAACAGAUUCUGAUUUCAUUGUUCUUGAGAUCUGAUCCUAAGUUCUCCUUUUUUCAUGUCCUUACAAGAAAGUACACAGAUAGAGGAUCUUCAUUCAUAUCAAGACACGGAAAAUUCAAAAAGAAGUGAUUCAAUCAAUUUUUCUUUUUCCUUCUGAUGAAAGUUUUUGGGUAUCUGUAGAUCCCAUGAGUUUCUCUUUUUUGCAUGUUUGAGUCCAUAAAACCAAACACGUUCUGGAAACUAAAACAUUGGAAUACAGUAAUUUAAACAUUUAUACGAGUACAUACAUGUGUGUAUAUAAGGAGAUAAUUAUAUAUAUACAUACAUGUAUGUAGUUGUGUAUUUUUCAGGUGGAUAACCUUAGUUUUAUAUAAAGACUUCCUCACUCUUUUUUUUUCUUUACACUUUGUUCUGUUCUGUCAUAUUUAUUCAAUAAAGUUGUUAAUCACACAAACUGUGUGGGUCCUAAACGAAAGCAUCCAAGUAGAUUAGGACAACCAUCGUCUCAGCCAGAAUAGCCAUGGAGUUACAUGGAUUCUAAGCAUAAAUCAAUUUGGUGGGUUCCUUAAUUAUGAGUUAAGUUAAAAUUAAAAAUACAUAUAAUUAGGUAUUGUUGAGGAUCUGUACUCUUCAACCUUAAAUCUAUUGACAAAACUUUCAUCCAAGUGUUUUUUUUAACUUGUGAUACUACUUGCUUACCUUUCUCCAUAAGAUUAAGAGCCAACAAAGUGCCACACUUGGUAUGGUCACUAGAAUAUUGCUAAAUAAGGAGGUUAUCCGCUCUAAAAGUGUCGUCGUGGAAGACAACCUGAACCAUAGAGUGAUGAGGACCCUUAAUUGUUACACCUUAAAGGUUGCAAUGUUCAAGUCUCAUUAGCUUAACUGAAAAAAACAUCAAAAACAAAACCUAGAUGCUAUAGAAUAUAAAUGACACUUAGAAUGAAACUAAUAUUACAUGCUGUAGUUUUUUGAGAUUAAAGAUUUCUGCCUAGAAUAGAAGAACCUUCAUGUUUCAAAAAAAAAUUAUAUGGCUUGUUGCUUGUGAUAACAGUUUUAGAAUCGGCCAGUUUUCAUUUUAUGAGCUAACUUGUAACUCGACUACUUCCAGGUUCAUCUCCUAAAUAUGAAAUCCA